AUAUAGGUAUUAGCAAAUUUUAUAAAAAUCAAUCUACAUCCAUUCUUAUUGAUCUCAAAAACGCAAACCGAUUUAACAGAGUUGCCGGAUAUUUGGUCUACUUAGGCGGUUUGCAAGUCCAUUUUAUGUUUGAUUUCUUGUAACUAAUAAAAGUUGUUUAUUCACUAGAUAUAAAAAAAAAAGUUUUAAUAUGAAAUCAAAGGAAAAUGGACUUGCAAGUUGCAACCCGUCAAAGUAGACCAAAUAUUAUAUAGUUAGUUUCGGAAGCAAAUUAUAGAUGGUGCUUUCAAAUGGGUUACCAUAAAAUACUUCAAGAGGGCUCUCGUUACCUUAGACUUACUUCACUCUUUGCCUAACCAAUGACGUUCAUAGACAAUAAAUAAGAUUACAUACUCAAAUCUCUUUACUGUCACACUAACUCAUACUAAAAACAAAUUCUGUCAUUUGCAAAAUUAUCAGUAUGUAAUAGUAAAAGGCAAAAUGAGCGUACGGAGCGACCAUGCCGUCGAAGUGACAUGGUUGUCGGUUAUAAGAAGGACGAAACACUCACACCUAACCAGAAGCUUAUUGCGGGCGUAGUGUCUGGAAUCACCACCAGGUUCAUAACCCAACCCCUGGACAUCGUGAAGGUGCGCACGCAGCUGCAGGCCAAAGACAAGGGGAGUACAUGGAUCGGGCUCUCCUGGCGGAUCUUCAAAGAGGAGGGCGUCACCACCUUCUGGCACGGACACAGUCUAGGACAGUUACACUCCAUCCUGUCCGUGGCGUCGCAGUUCCACGCUUAUGAAAUAAGUACCAAGUUUGUCGAGAACUAUGCAAGCCAGUACACAAGUCCACAGUUCAAGAAGGUGCUCCUGUUCAUGUGUGGUAUAUUCGCUGGGUGUGUAAGCGCCACCCUGGUGUCGCCUAUUGAAGUAAUCCGCGUCCGACAGAUGGUCGUCAAGGCGCAAUAUGGUGGAAUGUUGCAGGGCGCGCGCGAAGUGUACCGCAGGGGCGGUAUACUUGCCUUCUAUGAAGGUCUGACCGCUUCGCUCAUGCAGAUGGGCCCACAAGUGGGCAUAACGUUCGCGGUGUUCCGUUUCGUUCAGCCCCUCGUCCUGGACUACCUGGUUUAUUUGGAGGACGGUGAACAGACGGACACUGAGAAAAAGGCGACAAAGACAAAGCACCUUCUCAUCUCGUCAAGUAUCGCCGGUUCGACGGCCGGCUUUGUCUCCAAAACGGCGACAUACCCGUUCGACCUGGCCAAAAGAAGACUUCAGAUAGGAAGCCACCAGCCCGACCCCAACGUGAAGACGCCAACAAUGUCACAAAACCUCGUCAAAUGCAGCUCGCUGGUCAGCUGUCUAUUGGACAUGGUCCGUAAGGAGGGCGUCUCCGGCCUAUACGCCGGUUGGGACGUGUCCAACUACAGGGCGCAGGUGCAAAGCGUGGCCGCGUUCACGACUUACGAGAUGGUGUGCUACGCGCAGCGCGAGUACUACAAUCGCGCCAACUAAUGUUGGCGAUCUCGAGUCUAUGGAGGACUCGACUCUAAGUGUAAGGCCUGAGUGGACGCUCGAGUUGGGCGUGCAGCGGGGCGGGGCGUGCGACGUACGUGUUAAACAAAUGCAAACGUAUAUGAGCGGCCUUAGUGCACGCUUCUCAAAUCACUUGUGAGCCCGACGCCACGCUACACGCCCCGCCAAACGCUCCGCUUCGAGCUUCCACUCAGGCCUUAAACUAAGACUCGACUAAGCAAGCCUCGGUUCAAUUUUGAACCGUAACCGCAUACUUCUCUAGAAUGUCAAAUCACACCGGUUGCGUGUGUAUAUUAAGCUUUGAACGCAUGCGAUCAGGGAAUGUAGGGAAAAUGACAUUGGGCUUAACUUAACGCUGCGUUUCCCACGUAAAACAAUAUACGGUCAUUAGAUUAUCUGAUUCAUAAUGCGUGUGCGUGUGCGACUAACGAAUAUCGAUUAUUGCAUUAAAAAACCAUACACUUAAUGGUAGUAAGUGCCUAAUAUGUUGGAGCAGUGCACGCACACAUCACGCACGCGAUGUAUAGUCGCUCAUAAGGAUCGGUAUAUUACAAAUAUUAUAAUGCGCACAUGCACGUCUACGCACACGCAUCCGGUGUACACAGAUCUUACUGUUUUAGGUUUUGAUUCGCGACACGACUGAAUCCCGUGCUUAAAAAAGGCUCUGAGGAUUUCCUAUAAGCUAAUUCGUUCGUACUUAAAUUGUGGUCAGAAGUUCCACCUCACCGCGCCCGCCCCCAACUGGAGAUCUCUUCAGAUAGCUAAGUACGCUAAAUACGAAGAAUUUCGUACAUUGACCCGCCGUUUCUAUAGCACGCGAAUAAUUAUAUUGCUGUCCCGCUUGCACAGUGACUUUGACCGCCGGCGUCAUCGGCAGAACAACAAUAUAAUUAUGCGCGUGCGAUUAUAGGAAAUGGCGGUUCAAUGUACGAAAUUCUUCGCGCUUAGCGUCCUUAAAGGCACAGGUUCGAUUUUGUAUGAAUGUUUUGUAUUACGUACAUAUGUAUAUCUCUGUCGUUGUUUUUUUCUACAAUAAAGUGUUUUAUGACUACUA